UCUGUUAUUUUUGGUUCACCAUUUUUGUCUUUCUCCUAAACUCGUGAGUCGUGAGAAAAAAAAGCUUUGGUACAUCGAUUACGUAAGCCUGUCCGUAUGUGACGUUUUCCAAGGAGAGGAGUACUCAAUGUCUGGAAAUUCAAAUUUGUCUUACUAUAGACGGCAGUAGUUGCAAGAAUUCAUUGGCUGGCGGAAUUCAGGAAAGGGAGAAACCAGAACUAUUGGCAGAAUCACCAGCAAGGAGAAAGUGGGUUGCACAAGAUUCUGGAUAUUACAAUUUUUCUUUUGGCUUUUCUAUCUGGUUACAUCUUAGCAUGUUUCAUAUAUAACUUGUCUGUCUCUUUGAAUUGCAUAUAAACUGGUUGUGAAGAGCCUCAACGCUUGGUCGAAUCAGACUUUAUGGUGCAUGAUUAUUCAUCUCCAAAUGUUACAUUAAAUUUUUUCUUUGCUAAAGUGUGACAUAUACGCUUUUAUACUUUAUUAUCAAUAUGGUAUAUUGAAACUUAUUUGUGUGAUGUGUCAUAACGUUGUGGAGUCAUUUGUAUCUUGGGAUGGGAAGAAACCUAUAACUCAUCAAUCAAGCUAGAUUUUGUUCUUGUUGUCUUGGAUUAACAGUAGUUGUACUUCUACUUCCAUAUUUAUGCGAGUAGUUGAUAAAUAGACAAACUUGUCAGAUGGUAUGUCUUCUUGGAAUAUAGCUAUAUGUUGAUCUUGUAGAAGGUGAAAACUGUAUGUAUUUUAUGAAACCAGGGACCUAAUUUACUUUGUGAAUUCUUGUUUUCAAAGACUGGUACUGGUGCAUCUGGAAAUUCCUCAUAAAAAAUGUCAACAUUGAAGGAGAUCCUAACCCGUCGGCCGGUGGCGGCGACGAUCCGCUUAACAGUUCCAGCCGGGGGAGCUCGGCCGGCACCUCCUGUGGGGCCAGCGCUGGGUCAAUACAGGCUCAAUCUGAUGGCCUUUUGCAAGGAUUUCAAUGCCAGGACCCAAAAGUACAAGCCCGACACCCCCAUGGCCGUCGUCAUCACGGCCUUCAAGGACAACACCUUCGAGUUUACCGUCAGGUCACCGUCGGUCACGUGGUACCUGAAGAAGGCGGCAGGGUUGGAGAAGGGGAGCGGGCGCCCUGGUCACGUGAUGGCUUCCUCCUUGACCUUGAAGCACGUGUACGAGAUUGCCAAGGUGAAGCAGCAGGACCCCUAUUGCCAGUAUAUGCCUCUGGAGUCCAUUUGUAAGUCUAUCAUCGGAACCGCUAAUUCCAUGGGGAUUAAAGUCCAGAAGGAGCUUGAUUAGAUUUUUUUUUUCUGGUUCUUUUUUGUUGCUGCUGCUACUUGCUGCUUCAUUGUUACCUUUUUUUUUUUUGUUUUGUUAACGCUCUCUCUCCCUCUUUCCUUUGUUGUGUUUCUUCGACUGCUAGGACUAUUAUUAUUAUUUUUUUUUGGGGGUGUGUUUAAGAAUUUUACUGUUGGGCUCAAAUUAAGUACAGUACUACCUAUAGUACCAUUUCCAUAGCAAUUUAGUAACGGUGGAUGGAGUGGGAUGUUAGAUUGUACUACUAUAAAAUUUUUCAUGCUCUUUGAUGGAAUGGUUUUAUUUAUUUUUUCA